AAUUGCAGGUCAUGGAACAGCCAGGAGGCCCCUAUUGAGAAAUGUACUGGACGCAUUUGAUAUUCGUUUUGUUGUAUGGUGUUGUGACACACUGGGACCAGAUAGCAGCAUCAAAACCAGGAUACCUCGAUUUCGAUAACCUUCCAGAAACGAACUUCUCAUGCGACAAGAAGGUCAUAGGUGGUUAUUAUGCAGACGUGGAAACAGGAUGUCAGAUGUUCCAUGUUUGUACUAUUGGCCAAAAAGGUGAAAUCACUGAUAUUAAAUUCCUAUGCCUCAAUGGCACAGUUUUCGACCAGGAGACAAGAGUCUGUGAAAGGAUUGAUGAAGUUGACUGCUCGAAAUCAGAAGACUUCUUCGGCCUGAACUUGGAACUGUAUGGCAAUAACGCCAACCUAGGAAUUCAACCUGAAAAUGAAUUCGAAUGUGAAGAUUGCAGUACAGAUGAAGAUUACGAAGAGAGCGAAGAAGCGACCACAUUCGCCACAUCCACGACAACCACUACAACGACAACUACAACCCCUAAGCCUACGACGACACCUACCACCACCACCACAACCACGCCUAGGCCAACUAAAUAUCAAACCUCCAGCCAGGAUUCGAUAGCAGCCCUCUUAGCACUCCACAAUGCCUUUAAUCAAGGUCUUCAAAAUUCCAAGGUCAAGCCCGCUCCUCCAAGAGUGAUAAACAACGCUUUUUCACCCACGAAAUCGACUCCUAAACCAUACACGGCGUAUACUACUCAACGUACAAGCUCCAAUUUCAAACCUCAUACUUAUAAUUCUGACUCUCAAAGUUUUGGAUCGUUAAAUUUACAACAGCAGGAAAGACCAUAUUUCUUCACCCCUACUACGGAAAGAUCAAACUACCAUCAUUUCCACAGUGGUGAUACAAGCUUCGGCCAUAGCUACGAUUCAACAAGACCUUACAACUUUCAGUAUUUCCAUGCAAGAAAACUUCCCGAAGCCCAAGGAACCAUUUCAGUUGUUACAUCUACAAGCACGUCUACCAGUGUCAAAACUUCCAAAGGAAAUACAACUGUUGAAUACCCAACGGGAUACGAAGAUUAUCAGGACGAUAUUCACGAAGUGCACGAUUCGUUUUUCGCAGAUGUUCCGAAAAUAAGACAGAAAAGGACUUCUGAGAAUGACACACAACUGCAAAAACCUGAAAGACAGUUCGACAAAUAUUAUACAGUAGAAAAUAAAUUAGAUGCGAGAGAAGAAUUUCUUCAAAACUUAUUAGGAUCAAUCGAUAUUGAAGAUAGGGUCAAACAAAAAAUGUCAAAUUUAUUUAAAAAAGAAGAAAGCGAAAUGGAAAAAUUAGAAAAUUAUGGAGGAGUAUUAGCUAAUAUAGGAAACAGACUUGUGGAAAAGGUUAAAGAUGAACGAGAUGUUACUAAAACAGGAAGAAUUCAAGAGGGCGUCAAAAAAUUGAACGAAUGGAAAAAACAAUUCGAUGAUAUGCGGAAAGAUAUAGAUUUAAAUUAUACAUUCGAAGCAAACGUAAAAGAUGUUGAAUCUAAAAUUAGAAAAAAACGCCAAACAUCUGGUACUGGUGAAAUUAGAAGGGUAAGCACUCCUCCUCCACCGACGAGAAGGGCUCAGCAGAGAAGAACCCAACAGUCAACAAGUACCGAACCGCAGAGGUCUAACAGAAGAAAAGUAAUUAGACAGAAGAUCGACACGGAAAAUUUCAAUUUUGGUGGAAGCAGAAGAACCAGCGAAGGCGUCCAUCCAUCGAAGCCAGUUUCUGAAGCCAUAGAUAAUGAUUUUACGACGAUAGAAUACAGAAAAACAUCAAGAAGAGGAAGAGAGCAACCCAGAGCAACGACUAGUUUGAGAAGGGCCUUUAAGUUUAAUUACGAAACAACAACUGCUUUCACUGAAACGGAGAGGAAGCCUCCAGUAAGAACUUUGGUACAACCAAAACCUACAAAGACUUCUUGGAAGGUCCAAGAAGAAGAUUAUCAUCUUGCUAGCUCCAGUCCAUCUCCACCACCAGUGAGAAGAUCCAGAAAACGUCCACCUACUGAUUCAACAACUACCACUCAAUCCACCCUAACUACCUCUGCAUCACUCUCACCUGACCCAAAUUUUGACUGUGAAGGAAAGGUCAAGGGUGGUUUUUAUGCUGACAUGCACAAUGACUGCAGAGGGUUUUUCAUAUGCUCACAAGGAGAAAUCAAUGGACCGCUUCUAAAAUCUCACUUCUGGUGUGGUGCCACCACUAAGUUCAACCAAAGAAGCAGAACUUGCCAAGCAGAAGACUUAGUCGAAUGUUCUGUUUCUACCAGAUAUUUUCAUCUGAAUAAUGAUUUUCUUCCUCCAGUAUCAGAAGACGAGCUGAAAGGAGGCUUUGAGCCAUUGAAAGUCAGCUAAUAGAAACAAGAAGAAUAGAUAAACUAUCAGCUGAAUAAAACUCUAGUUCGAGGAAAGUGACUUUUUUUCUAAAAUUUGUGACUUUUAUAAAGUGAAUCUAUUAAAUAAAAGUGAAUAUUAGUUUAUAAAUGUUGGAUAUUAAAUCUCUUCAAAACGUUUUUUUCUAUGAUGUGUAUAUAAUAUGUAGUUAUAUAAAUUACAUUAUUGUAAUAAUUGUAUUAAUUGCCAUACAUAUUUAGAGUAAUUGCAAAUAUAUCUUGUAAUAUAAUAAUAAAUUACAAUUUGUUUCUAAUUAAUUAAACUUAUGUCCUUUUCUAAAAAAAAAAAAGAAAACAGUCUGAUUUGAAAUAAAAUUAUAAUAAUGUAGUGGGUUAAUAGUAUAUCUAUUAAGUACU